AUGGCAGACAGGGGCCUCCCUCAGAUCUCGUCACGACGGCGAUCAAAGGAGAAGAUGGCCGCCGCCGGACCUAAUCAACGUAACCUCCAUGAUACUCUCCUUUACCAUGCUCGCUAUACCCUACAAGGCACCCUCGUACCCUUCCAAUUAAACCCUUCCCCUCCUGACAUCAAAGAGGAGGAAGAAGACCCUAUCUAUAAAGAGUUGAGUUGACCCAGUUCGGGGAGGAUGGGAGGAAGGAAAGUCCAAAGAACGCUAUCUGAGGGGAAGCCCCUUUCCAGUCCUCAUUAUCGGCUCCCAACGAGAACACUAACCAUGUCACUACAAGAAAGAUAAUAAUUUAUAAAAAUCUAGUGCGCUGCACUGCCCUGCGUCACACAUCUAAUA